AUUCUCGGUGUAGGAAUACGUCGAUGCAGCAAGAAAAGAAACAGCAAGCACAAGAAGUUUUUAUACGUCCACUUGAACAAGAGGAAACUGAAAUAUUCAUUUAUCCAGAAAUAUUUCCAGAACAAGAAUUAGAUAAACAACUGCAGGAAGAGUUGCAAAAUGCUUCCGAACUUGACCCAGUGUUGGACGCCUGGUAUAUCGAAGAUAGUGAUCGAUCAAGUGAUACGGUUGAAAUAGCAAACGACGCUGCAAGUGUAUCUUCAGAAGAAGAAGAAGAAGAAGAAUUCUUUCGCUGCCGUGGUUUGCUCGAAGAUAAAACAUAUUCUUCAGUCGUUGACGCUUUGAGAGAUGCUGCUGUUGUCCAUGACUUUUGCUUUGAAAGGGAGUUGCAAGAGGCGAAUCUGGAUAUAUAUGGAAGAAUCGCUAGCGUGAACCUUUUGAGAAAGCUGGUAUACAUGGAACGUUUGACUGUCAAGGAGACUUUAAAGAGAUGGCGAGAUUAUGUUCACAACUUGGGACAAGGCUCAGUAUGUUUAGAUACACGUCUUUUGCAAAGUUACUUCAGGGAUGAUCCAUUGUUGCAUUUUGCAGCCGAUUACUUUAUGGAAGACGAAUGGGUCGAUUAACUAUAUACGGUGGAGAUAGUGGAAGAAUUCAAAAACAUACAGGAAAUAUUGUUGAAUAUUUGAGAAAUUUUGAACCCAUAUCUUCCAGCUCUCGAUACUUCUUGACUUUUAACAUGGGAAUAUAAUGUGAAGAAUUGAG